UAAUUAUUUAAUCAUGUUUGCAGAGGGUAAAGUGGAGGUAUCGCGUGAUGGCAAAUAUUUGAGCACUCUGGCGCCGGGCAAGGUACUCGGCGAAUUGGCAAUUCUUUACAAUUGCAAGAGGACAGCAACGAUAACAGCAGCCACAGAUUGUCAACUAUGGGCCAUCGAUCGACAAUGUUUCCAAACGAUCAUGAUGAGGACUGGCCUUUCGCGGCAGGCCGAAUAUACAGACUUCUUAAAGAGUGUUCCUAUCUUCAAGAAUUUGCCCGAGGAGACUUUAAUAAAAAUUUCAGACGUGCUGGAAGAGACGUUUUACAACAAUGGAGAUUAUAUAAUCAGACAAGGAGCAAGAGGAGACACAUUUUUCAUAAUAAGCAGAGGGCAAGUUCGAGUGACGAUAAAGCAGCCCGAUACCCCAGAGGAAAAAUACAUUAGGACAUUAAGCAAGGGCGAUUUCUUUGGUGAAAAAGCACUUCAGGGAGAUGACCUGAGGACGGCCAAUAUAAUCGCUGACGAUCCGGAAGGAGUGAGUUGCCUGGUGAUAGACCGUGAAACGUUCAAUCAACUAAUCUCGUCCCUGGACGAAAUUCGUACGCGGUACAAAGACGAGCUCGUGGAACGUAGAAGGCUGAACGAAGAAUUCAAAGACCUAAGGCUGCAAGAUCUUCGACCAUUGGCUACGCUGGGUGUAGGCGGUUUCGGAAGAGUCGAAUUAGUCCAAAUAGUCGGCGACAGCACGAGAUCGUUCGCUUUGAAACAGAUGAAAAAAGCGCAGAUUGUUGAAACACGACAGCAACAGCAUAUCAUGUCAGAGAAGAGAAUUAUGGGUGAAGCUGAUUGCGAUUUCGUCGUGAAGCUAUUCAAAACGUUCAAGGAUAGAAAGUAUCUUUAUAUGCUAAUGGAAGCUUGCCUUGGUGGCGAACUAUGGACUGUUCUAAGGGACAAAGGUCAUUUCGAUGACGGCACGACACGAUUUUACACCGCUUGCGUCGUCGAAGCAUUCGAUUAUCUUCACUCUAGAAAUAUUAUAUACAGAGAUCUCAAACCAGAAAAUCUUUUACUUGAUAGUCAAGGAUACGUAAAACUCGUUGACUUUGGUUUUGCCAAGCGUUUGGAUCACGGGAGGAAAACAUGGACUUUCUGUGGCACACCCGAGUACGUUGCACCGGAAGUUAUCUUAAAUAAGGGACAUGACAUCAGUGCUGAUUAUUGGUCUCUUGGUGUUCUCAUGUUUGAACUUCUCACGGGAACACCACCAUUCACUGGAGGCGAUCCAAUGAAAACUUACAACAUUAUUCUAAAAGGAAUCGACGCUAUAGAAUUCCCUAGAUCAAUCACACGAAAUGCAACUGCGUUAAUUAAAAAGCUAUGCAGGGACAAUCCUGCGGAACGUCUUGGUUAUCAAAAGGGUGGCAUUAGUGAAAUACAAAAACACAAAUGGUUCGAUGGUUUUAACUGGGAAGGUUUAAGAGCGAGAACUCUCGAACCUCCAAUCAUGCCCAGAGUUCAAAAUGCCACCGAUACAACGAACUUCGAUGAGUAUCCUCCGGAUUCAGAUCCACCACCUCCUGACGAUUUAUCCGGCUGGGAUAAUGAUUUUUAAUCAAUUUUUAAUUUAUUUAUCGCUUCAAUGAAAGAAAAAUGUUAAAAAACAUCUUGAAGAUUUCCAGAAUUGCAAGAUAAUUCGAAAGAUCGGAGUGGAGAACUAUCAGCAUCUACACUUAUUCAACGAGCUAAUACUAUACGAUGCUUGGAUGUUUGUUAAAAUAACAUCGAUCAUCGAAUGACAUACUGCAAGGAAAGACAAAAUUGGCCUGCGAUAAGAAUUAGGCCGUUGAAUAAUUUAUAGAUUUGAACGAUUCGUUAAUGAUAGACAGAGAUCUUUUUUUUACCGUAUUAUCUGAAGUGGUGUAUGAAUUUCUUUCAAAACGUCGUCAAAAAGAUUAUUGACGUAAAUUAAGCAUGCGUUUAAUUUAGAAAAAUCUUUACGCACACGAGCUCGCGUUCGAUAAAUAUUACAGGACUUGAACGUGGCAUCGUGAGACGCGCACGAAUGCGUCAAGUGCCAUACCUAACGAAGGUAAAAUAUCGAAUAUGAUACGUGUGUACGGAGCAUCCAUGCGAGCAUGCACUAUGUUCGGUCAGUUGAAGUUAUAAGAAACAUCUUGCCAUCGAACUCAUGAAACACACACGAUUUCUCAGUAUAAACCAUAUCGGAUGCUUGUAACGUCCGAUUCAUUGUUGUUUGAUUUACUUUAUAGUUUAUUGUAAUAAUUCUAUUCUAAUUAAUUACGCAAAAACGUGACUCCUGUAAAUAAUUGACUAUAAAUAAAUAAAUAAAUAUAUGAAAAUAUAUAUACUUAAAAAUCAAAUGUAUAUCGAUUAUAAAUAAAGUUUUAUUAAAGCUA